AGUAACGCCCUUUUACUAACUGGGCACGCCUGGCAGAGAAGAAUCUGCCAUUUUCCACCAAAUACCAGCAUUUAGGACGCCAUUACUAGGUGGUUCAAAAUGGCGGCCAAACAAAGUCUAGGAGACAGUGUAUUUCUAGUGAGGACUUUAGAGAAGAUACUCAACGACAAGGAGACGAAACGAUCUCAACACGCGAAAUUAAAAAAAGCUUGUGAAGACGCCCUUAAGGAACUCAAAGAUGAACAGAAAGAGCUCAAGGCAAAAUCUUCAAGUUCUCCUAUUAAUGCUGACAAGUAUUUCCUUCCUCUUGAGUUAGCUUGUCGCUGUAACGUGUCGAGAAUGGUUAGCACUUCUCUGGACUGUAUACAGAAACUAGUGGCUUAUGGUCUAUUAAAAGGGAACAGUGUUGAUGCAGAUAACAGUGAUAAGCAGCUAAUAGAUAGGAUCAUUGAUACAGUCUGUGGCUGCUUUGUAGGAGUGCAUACAGACGAGGGAGUCCAGCUACAGAUAAUAAAGGCUCUGUUAACAAUACUAACAUCAAAGGAGGUAUCUGUUCACGGCGGUACUGUACUUCAAAGUGUUCGGUGUUGUUACAAUAUCUAUCUCGCUAGUCGUAAUCCAAUCAACCAGACGACUGCUAAAGCUAGUCUAACGCAAAUCAUCAGUACCCUGUUUCAGAACCUGGAAAACGAACAAUCUCUUCAGUCAAUGGCUCGUGACCGCAUGGCCUCCUCCUACCCAACCCCACCCCCAAGCCGCUCGGACAACCAAUCAGAUAUCUCCUUUCAGUCACAUGACCAGCACUCCUCCGAUAUGGGAGACGGAGAGGGCGAGGUGGGGAGGGUCGCUAGAUCACCGGAAGAUGACGAGUUGGUCUCCGUCGCAGCUAAACUGGUUGCUCAAGUCCUGGCAAAGGUCAUUGUGGAGGAGUCGCUUCGUUUGCCGUCAUAUGACUCCGAAAUAACUGACAGAACUAAUUCUCCAUUGGCUAGUUCAGUGAGUAUUGCUAUUAAUGGUGCUGCUAAUGAUGAGACAGAGUCACUUGGUUCUACUAAUGUAUCCGAACUGAGAGACCCUUCGCCACAGCCAUUACAGGGAUCUAAGGAUAAUUUACAGUUUCGACAUGUCCUCCAGAAGGAUUGCUUCCUAGUCUUUAGGACACUUUGUAAAUUAUCAAUGAAACCAAUCAGUGACAUACAUGACCAGAGGUCUCAUGAAUUGCGCUCAAAGCUCGUAAGUCUUGAGCUCUUACACUCUAUCCUAGAGAACUCUGGCCCGGUAUUUCGUACCGACGAGGUUUUUGUGGGCGCCAUAAAGCACCACCUCUGUGUAGCGCUGUCUAAAAACGGCGUCUCUAGUGUACCUGAGGUUUUCGAGCUCUCCCUCUCUAUCUUCCUCGCUCUUUUCUCCUCUUUCAAAGCUCACCUUAAAAUGCAAAUAGAAGUAUUUUUUAAAGAGAUUUUUUUAAACAUUUUGGAGACCUCGACUAGCUCAUUCCGUCACAAGUGGCUAGUGUUACAAGCAUUGACAAGAAUCAGCAGUGAUUCACAGAGUGUAGUGGACAUAUUUCUUAAUUACGACUGUGAUCUCUCCUUAUCUAAUAUUUAUGGCCGUUUAGUGAAUGAUUUGAGUAGAAUAGGCCAGGGCAGACAAGCAGUUGAGCUGGGAGCUACUCCACAACAGGAAAGAAGCAUCAGAGCGAAAGGUUUGGAGUGCCUGAUUAGCAUAUUAAAGUGUCUCGUGGAAUGGAGCAGAGAACUUUACGUUGACCCAGCAACCACUGGACUCAAUGCUACGUCCCUGGUAUCAGGUGAAGGUAGCAGGGUAAGUCUGACUGCUUCGACUCAAAGACCGUCGAACCUUUUAAGUGAUCAAAAGGUCCCUGCUAAAGGAGGAGCUGGCAUUGAAAUGACAGACGGGGGAGAAGGAGGAGGAGGGGGAGGAGGUAUUCUUGCUAGUGACAUACCCCAGCAGUUUGAGACACUGAAGCUGAGGAAAGAGACGAUGGAGAAAGGAACAAAACUAUUUACCGAUAAGCCGAAAAAAGGUAUCAAAUUCCUCCAAGAGAAAGGUCUUCUUGGUCAGUCACCAGAGGAUGUGGCUCAGUUUCUUUUCUCCGACGAUCGUUUGGAUAAGACGGCUGUUGGUGAUUACAUGGGGGAAAUUGAUGAUUUCAAUAAAAAUGUCAUGUAUGCUUUUGUCGACUGCUUUGACUUCAAUGGACUCGACUUUGUCGCUGCCCUUAGAAUUCUCCUAGCCUCUUUCCGUCUCCCUGGAGAGUCUCAGAAGAUUGAUCGGAUUAUGGAGAAAUUUGCCGGAAGAUACUGUGAAACAAAUCCAAGUCUUGAUAUAUUUGCAAGUGCUGACACAGCAUACGUCUUAGCAUUCUCAAUCAUCAUGCUUGCGACCGACCUUCACAGUUCACAGGUCAGUAAAUCCCCUGAUACUAUUGGAUACCUUUGUGAAAAGCAGAGGAGACAUGCCUACAAUCGUGAGAUGACGGUAAUGGCGGAGACUGCCCAGGCUCUAAUGGAGCACAUCAGUGACAAGCAAUCCCAAUACACGAGUGCUACCCACGUUGAACAUAUCAGACCUAUGUUCAAGAUAACUUGGACUCCUGUACUAGCUGCCCUCAGUGUUGCCCUAAGGGAUACUGAUGACCCUGAAGUUGUUAGUUUGUGUCUUGAUGGAUUCAGAUGUGCCAUUAGGAUAUCUUGUAUAUUUGGAUUAAAUCUUGAAAGAGAUGCAUUCAUUAAAAGUCUGUCAAAGUUCACUAUGCUAAUGACGUCCACUGGUAUAACUGAGAUGAAAGCUAAGAACAUUGAAGUUAUAAAGACACUCUGCACUGUAGCAUAUACUGAUGGGAACUACCUCCAGUCCUCCUGGAUUGAUGUGCUUCAGUGUAUAUCCCAGCUGGAGUUAGUCCAGUUGAUAGGAACUGGAGUAAAGACCCAAUACCUAACCUCAGGAACACUAGGGACCACAACCAAAGGAGGCAGCAGCAGCAAGGCCGGCUCUAAAGGAGGCACUUCCUCUCAGAGCAGCAGUGGGUCCAUCAAUGCAAUACUAUCAGGGACUGAUGCUAAGAAGAUUGCCAGUAUACAGGAACACGUGGAGGGGACCAGCAACCAGUCAGUGGUUGUGGCUGUGGAUCGGAUAUUCACCGGUACUACUAGACUCGAUGGGACUGCUAUAGUUGAUUUUGUUGAGGCUCUCUGUGCAGUGAGUAACGAAGAACUCUCAAGUCAGGCUCACCCGAGAAUGUUCAGCUUACAAAAGAUCAUUGAACUAGCAUAUUACAACAUGGAGAGGAUAAGACUGGAGAUGAGUAGAAUAUGGAAAGUGAUUGGAGCACACUUCAAUACAGUUGGGUGUCUGCCGAGUGAAGAAGUUUCCUUCUUUGUUGUGGAUUCUUUAAGACAGUUGUCAAUGAAGUUUGUCGAAAAGAAAGAAUUGGCGAAUUUUAGGUUUCAAAAAGACUUCCUUCGGCCAUUUGAGUACAUCAUGAAGAGAAACGAUUCUGUGACUAUACGUGAUAUGGUGGUGAGGUGCGUCACUCAAAUCAUACAGACAAAGGCUCAGAACAUAGUCUCUGGUUGGAAGAACAUAUUCUCAGUCUUUCUCUUAGCAGCUGGGGAUAGUGACCAAACCAUCGUAGAGCUGUCCUUUCAAACUACUUCUUCAAUAUUUGAGUCACAUUUUGAAGCCACCAUUGACUCUUUUCAAGAUGCCAUCAAAUGUUUAGCUGAAUUUGCCUGCAAUGCCUCAUAUCCCGACACUAGUAUGGAGGCCAUUAGGAUAAUAAGAACAUGUGCCAAGCAUGUGGCAGAAAGACCAGAGUUAUUUUUGGUCGAUGAUGCCAACACUACGGUAGGUCCCGACAGGCUAUGGGUGAAGGCGUGGUUCCCCAUCAUGUUCGAGCUCUCUACAAUCAUAUCACGGUGCAAACUUGACGUGAGAACAAGAGGACUAACGGUGAUGUUUGAAAUAAUGAAGACGUAUGGUUAUUUGUAUCAGCCUCACUGGUGGACUGAUCUAUUCAAUGUGAUCUUUAGAUUAUUCAGCUCCACCAAGACACCAGACUCUGUUAUUGAAAAGGCUGAAUGGAUGACUACCACUUGUAACCACACCCUCUAUGCUCUGAUGGACGUAUUCAUGCAAUACUUUGACACACUCUGUAGCGUUCUAUUGGAAAAGAUACUGGACCAACUAUUGUGGUGUGUCCAGCAAGAUAAUGAGCAGUUGGCAAGGUCUGGUACAAAUUGCCUUGAGAACCUUGUCGUCUCAGUCGGAUCCCGAUUCAACGAGGAGAUCUGGGAUAAGGUCUGCCAAUGCUUGUAUAAUAUUUAUAAAGUGACCGUACCUCACGACCUGUUGUCUUGGAAGCAACCUGAAGAACCUCCUGGUUUUCAUUCUUCGUCGCUUUCGAUAGAUUCAGUUCACAGUUCCCACUCUGAUGCUGUCAUUAUCAACGUAGCCCCUCAGGGUCCUCCUGUGGUAGCAAGUGAGGGAACUGAUAAAGGAGAGGCUUCAACUACUCCUGUCCCCCCUCCAUUGGUUGAUCCUCCUGUACUACAGGUCUCUAGACCAAGCACUGAUUUGACAGCUGAUACCGUUGUCACGGAGACAAAGCCACUCCCACUAGAGGUAGCUGCAGCCCAAAGUGAAGGCACUGUACUAUCACCAACAAAACCAGUUGCUGCUGAACCUGUGCCUAGUCCAUUAUCUCACAAUAGAAAUAUUACACCUGGCAGAUCAAAGUCUCCCUCCAUAGCCUCUUCAGCUAAAGGAGGAGAUGAACUGACUCCAAGGAGCUCUAGCAUUAAGAAAAAGAAAGACAAAGAUAAAGGAGGAAAGAGCAGACACAGAAAAAAAGAAGACAAGAAAACUAAAGAAGAUCGCAAAGGAUCUUCGCAGCAGAUAACAGACGAGACCUUAUCAGAAAUAUCAGUGACUAAUCCUGACACUGAUAUGACGAUGGCUAAGAGCAGGAGCCAACAACUUAGCAUCAAUACACCAGGAGACUACCCUCUCUUCAAUUCCCUCAUCAUAAAGUGCGUCGUUCAACUAGAAUUAAUACAAACGAUUGAUAAUAUUAUCUUUCAUCCAACCAUUACGAGACAGGAUGACCAGAACAUACUCCAAUCAGCGAGAGUAAUGUCUACACAUUAUCCUCUCCCUCUACCUCCCUACACUGAUGAGGGUAUGUUCCACCUCCUCUCAUCGCAGCAGCUGUUUGUCCUCCUUAGCUGUUUAGAAGAGUCCCAUCUUUUUGCUCGGAGUUUUAACUCAAACGAAUCCCAAAGAGUCAUCUUAAUGAAAGCUGGUUUCCGAGGUCGUUCGAAACCCAAUCUACUCCGGCAGGAGACCAGUAGCUUAUUGACAGCUGUUAGGAUACUUUAUAGAAUGCUUGGGGAUAGUAGCAGGGCAGACAAGUACAACGAUAUAGAGAAUCGACUUUUAGGGUUAAUCACUAGCGCAUUGACUUACUUCCUUUCUCUGUCAACUGAUGUACAACAAGUGUCAUGGACUCCUGUUCUCUUGUUGAUAUUCACUAGAAUGCUACAAAUAACCAGCGAUGAAUUUAAGCGACACAUGUCUAUAUGUUACUCGCUCCUCUGUGAGCUCCUGUCAAUCGAACUCAAAUAUGAAGUCCGUUGCUUACUGAGAAGAGUUUUUAACAGAAUAGGACAGGAGUAUCGGAUCUGCAAGGAGGUGGAGAAAGGGGAGGAGCUAGUCUGAGGGCGGGGCCUGGUUAAUCCCAGUCAAUACUAGUGCUUUUAAUAACAUGAUUUAUAAUUAUUGUUAACAUUAUUAAAUUAUUUAAAAUUUAUAGCGAUUGGGGCUGCAUUGCUGGUAUUUGUUAUUAUUAUUAUCAUUAUUAUUGUUGUUGUUGUUAUAAUUAUUUGUCCAAUAUUUUUAAGAAUAUUAGCAUUUAAAAAUAUUUUCAAUAUCCUGUGAAUUAUGUAUA